ACAACGCUCCUACCACGACACUUAUUUUUAUUAUGCACAAUGCUCUGACCGUGUAACUGACAUUGAUGUCUAUAUUAGACUGUUCUCCCCCGCAAAUUCUUUCAGCCCUCCUCGGGCUGCUCUUGAUGAGCCUCGUAGCGCGCUCUUCUUUGCAGCUCCCGGUUUGGGCUUAACAACCUCAAAACCGACCGAAUGCCUUACACACCUCCUUCUCAGCUAUCACCUUCCUCCUCCAAGCAAUCCAGUCCUACUCCGAGCCGGUCUCAUUCAUACAUCAAAGGACAGUUCCUGUCUCCACAGCCGCCGGCUCCAUCCGGUCGUCCAAAUCUCCCUCGUUCCAACGGAUCAUCCUCAUAUCUGACCAAGCAUCGACGGAGUCCUUCGUUGAAUGACGCUCAGACCGAGAUCCUACACAACGGAGAGGCAUACCAAGAAAACCGGGCAUUGGAUCCAUAUGGUAGCAUCCGCCAAUCGCCGCCUCCUGCAUCCAAUUCAUUGAUACCCGCAGGCAUGACCAUCUCCCCACCCGAAUCCUCCCACAACUCCAGCGAUGACGAGGAUCUUCAUACAAGAGGUCGAUCGAGGGAUAUCGAGCUUGGAAACCUAGAAGCGUUACAAGCAGCCAUCAGGUCGAUAGAACAAAGAAAAGGAGGUUCACCAACCCGACGCCAGGGUAAUAACGAGACAACCACCAUCAAGAUGGAUCUCGCGGCCCCUCAACUCGACGGCCCUGUUCAGACAGAAACCCUGCAACUGCGGCGGCCUCCGUUGUCCCAAGAAGCCAGAAAGAUCUCUCACUCACGCUCAUCCACUGAUUCGAGCAUCGUCUUCGAGUCUCCGAAAACACAGAUGGCCCCUGUAAUCACCCGACAAGACACUGAUGACAGCGAUAGCGACAGCCAAGGUCCGCCUACCGAUCGUCCACCGAUGGUCCGAAAGAAGUCAGGCGAACUGGUUCGCCCAGCUCUCAGGGCAUCCUCUAGACGGCGGCCUUCAAGUAUGCCAGGUACCCCAACCUACUCGAAAGCAGUCCACUUCGAUUCCCAUCUCGAACACGUUCGACAUUUCCUACAGGUCGACAGGCCUCUUGCCGUCAGCGCUGGAUCCUCACCUGUAGAGAACUAUGAAAGUGAUUCGGAAUUUCCCUUUGGUUCUGAUGAAGCCAGUGCUCGGCCACGAACGACAUCUCCUGAAUGGGAGCUGCGACUUACCAACUUUGCAGCAGACAUUGAAGCUCGCAAAAACCAGGUCGUCUCUGUUGAACGUGUCUUCCUUUCAUCAGACAACAAGAACCUCAUCGGCUCCGUCGCUGUGCAGAAUCUGGCAUUCUCCAAACAGGUGGUCGCUCGAUUCACUUUUGACUAUUGGAAGACCACGUCCGAAGUUGUCGCCGACUUCAACAACGAUGUGCGUCGAGGUCAAAGCGAUGGUUUCGACCGAUUCAACUUCAGCAUCAGGUUAGCUGAUCAAGCCAACUUGGAAAACAAGACACUGUUCUUCUGCAUCCGCUAUACGGUCAAUGGUCAGGAGUUCUGGGACAACAAUGCUGGCUUCAAUUACCAAGUCGACUUUGCUAAGAAGACGAAAGUUCAACAUGGCAAGAACGGCAUGCCGGGUCUUGGUGCAAGGCCGAUAACAGCACUGCCACGCACACGCCAAUCUCCACCUACCUCAUCCGGAAGACCAAAGGGCUUGCCAACUUCGUUUGAUGACUUCUCAACUGGCUUCGAAAGCUUCGGCUUCGGACAGUCUGCAGGAGCCCUCAUGGGUGAACCCAAGCUCAAGCUGAGGAGCCCAAGAUCCAAGACGGAGUUGAUGCCGGAUCCACCGUCCCGUCGCAAGGUGAGCGGUGGACAAGCAUUUGGCAAUCGAUAUGACUUCAACUCAUCAUUGACCGCCGCCAAGAACUUUGCCGUGGCCGCUCUUGGUGAACAUAGUGGCUUGACUUUGAGGGCAGAUGCAAAGCAGUCUUCCGGCGAUGGUCCUGCAACCACUCCUACGAAGAGCGUCACAAUUGCUCCACCCAAGCAGAAUGCUGGCGUCAAUGGUUCAGUCCCUGAAGCUGUCUCACCUGCUCCAGCCACUGCUCCUAUGACAUCCAAGCCAGCUGCUCUGGUGUCCGAAAAACCCUCACUCAGUAGCCGUGAAUAUGCGGAUCUGGUCGAGAAGUACUGCUUUGUAGGUGCCCAACAUCGGGGAAAGAGCGAGGAAGUCAAGACACAUUGAAGUGCUAAUUUUGAUUUUUUGCAGUUUGGAACGGCCAAGGCUGAACCUUUGACGAAGACUGCUUUGAGUAUGGUCGAUGGUGCUGCAGACUCUGCGUCUCCGUUGGAUUUGAGUGCUGAAGGCAGUCCUCGAUCCACGAAUUCGUCUGGUUCCUCAACUCCCACACCUCCUCGGAGUAUGUCGCCGACACCUUCAUCACAGUCGACCAAAGCGAAGGACUCUUACCUGUCUCGAUCAUCGUCACGGUCCAGUUCAUACUUCCGGUCACGAUCGCAAUCGCCAGUUGCUUUCGGAUAUCCCUAUCACAACUCAUCACACCAUACCUUGAUGUCUGAGACACCCACUCAGACAGCAAUUCGAGGCUAGUCACCGUUGGUGUCAUCGCCAAGCUUUGUCUCACUUGGGGCCAGCUUUGUCGACAAAGGCUUUGGGACA